CAAGGUCAUCGAAGAGUUUGUUGUGAAAUAAUCUUAGUGGAAAAAAAACACUUCGAUCCGAAGUGAGUGAGACAAGAACGAUUUAUUCCGCUGUGGCUGUUUCGUGACCAUCUUCGCAGCGCGCAAAAGGCCAAACGGAACCGGAAACUCGAUAAGUGGAUCGAAUCUGCUGAACUAAACUGUGGUUGAAAGGGAGAAAAAAAAAUCUCUUGAAAUUAUCCCCUGGGAAAUCUGCGCCGAGGCUGCCCGGGAGAGUAAAUAAAUCAAAACGAUAGGCAAAGAAUCGACAGCUAACGGAAGUGAAAUCGUAUCAAAUGAACUAGGAGUACUCCCGGUAAUGCUGUGAAACCCUGCUGGGACCAAGCCACCGCGCCCGGAAGGAGUCAAACAGACAAAAGCACAUUGACGUCGUCGUUUGGUAUUUGAGCUUCGAAGAAAAACGGGAAAAGAAAUCUAUCAUCAAAGGAAAUAUUUUGGGCCCAAACGAACGAAAAAAAAACAAAAAACAAACAAAAAGUGAGUGAGUGAGUCAAAAUUCCGGAAACGGGUGCCUACAUACGUUCGGCUGAAUUCCGAUCGUAAAAUACAAUAGAAGGAAGUAAAAAAAAGCCGAAAGAUGUCAUCGAUUGGUGGGACGACUCUCAAGAAGUGGAUGCUGGUGAUGCUGGCGAUUUUAGGAUCACAACCAGGACAAAUUUACGCCCUCCGUUGUUACGCCUGCAGUGUGACGCCCAAUUCCGGCGAUAAAAACUGCGUCGAUGACCCCAAGAGCGUGAUCGGUCAAGCCAUCGUCAACUGCAACCGGAAGUACUGCGUCAUCCAGCGACAGGAGCUAUUGGACCCCCCGGGUAAGCUGAACACCUUCCUUCGGGGAUGCGAUGACGACCCUCCGUUUUUGAACGAUGUGGUUGAGGAUUCCACCUUCCGCACCUACUUCCGGUCCUGUUCCGACGACUUAUGCAAUGUGGGCGAUGGGCUGGACACGGCCAACGGACUGUCUGGAAUCGAAGCCGGAGCAGCGGAAAAUCUCCUGGUUCCAGGAUUGGAAGGAUCUGGAUCGAAAACUGCCAUGAGUGGCACCGUCGGUAGUUUAGUGUUUAUUGCUUCGUUAUUAUGUUACUAUCGAACGAAUUGAACACAGAAUGUAGUUGCUCAAAAACACGUUUGGAUAGCUAUCAGCAUCCGAUGCAUCCGA